GAGCUGUGACCUGUGGUCGCUGGGUGUAAUAAUUUACGUGAUGCUAUGUGGAUAUCCACCGUUUUAUUCCAAACACCACAGCCGGACUAUCCCGAAGGACAUGCGGAAAAAGAUCAUGACAGGAAGUUUUGAAUUCCCAGAAGAAGAGUGGAGUCAGAUUUCUGAAAUGGCAAAGGACAUUGUGAGAAAAUUGUUGAAGGUAAAGCCGGAAGAACGACUAAAUAUUGAAGGGGUGCUGGAUCAUCCCUGGCUGAACUCCACAGAAGCUUUAGAUAACAUUCUUCCAUCCUCCCAAAUGAUGAUGGACAAGGCAAUGGUUGCUGGGAUCCAGCAGGCCCAUGCAGAGCAGCUGGCCAGUAUGAGAAUUCAGGAUCUGAAAGUGAGCCUUAAACCUCUAAACUCUGUAAAUAACCCAAUUCUUCGCAAGAGGAAGCUAUUUGGCACGAGGCCCAAGGAUGAUGUCUAUAUUCACGAUCCGGAGAAUGAGGCAGAGGAUGCCAAUGUCGCUCUAGAGAAACUGCGGGAUGUCAUUGCACAGUGUAUUCUGCCCCAAGCUGGUAAGGCAGUCAUAUGAACUUCAAGGCGAUUGGGAGAAAUUGGAAUCCUUUAUCCCAACAUAAGGAAUUAAAAAUAACAAGCCAUGGUAAAAUGAACUUGUGUCAUAAUAUGUACCUGAGUUCUGACAAGUUCUUCUGCUUAUCUGUAAGUGGCAUGAUAGCUGGGUGCUUUGUAGAACCACUAUAUCAUUAUUCUAUAAUGUAAUGGAAUAUGUGAUGCAACACUUUUCCUCCAAAUGCUAAGCUCCUAAUUGCAGCUACGUUGAGUGGAGGCAAAGCCUUUUUUUUUCCUUCCUGAUUCCAAACUUCCACCCCAUCAGUGCACAGUGCAUUUUGACUAGCACUAAUCCUUCCAGCAUCUAAAUAAGCAGCAAUGGGCAAGCCU